AUGCCCGCGUUAUCUCCUACCAUGACCGCAGGCAACAUUGGGACGUGGCAGAAGAAGGCCGGCGAUUCGAUUGUCCCUGGCGAUGUCUUAGUUGAGAUCGAGACGGACAAGGCCCAGAUGGACUUCGAGUUUCAAGAAGAGGGCGUUCUCGCAAAGAUCUUGAGGGAUUCGGGAGAGAAGGACGUGACCGUUGGUAAUCCAAUUGCUGUCAUGAUUGAGGAGGGCGAGGAUGUUUCGGCUUUCGAAUCAUUCACACUUGAGGAUGCCGGCGGAGAGAAGUCUCCUCCAAAGGAGGAGAAGAGCAAGGCUUCCGAGCCAGAGGAGCCCAAGCCUGCCCCGAAGAUGGAGCCUGAGCCAGUUCCCGAAGAAACCGAGGCCGUUGGAGGAAGGCUACAACCUUCUUUAGAUAGAGUUCCAAAUGCGAGUGCUGCUGCCGUUAGAUUCGCGAUCGAAAAGGGUGUCAAGAUCGCCGGUCUCAAGGGUACUGGAACUGGUGGACAAGUUACUGAGAGCGACAUCAAGAAAGCAUCUUCCGGAGCGGCCGCCGCCCCAGGCGCUGCCCCAGCUGCUUCAUAUGUCGAUAUUGAGACCUCUUCAAUGAGAAAGACUAUCGCCAACCGUCUUACCGAGUCGAUGAACCAGAGCCCCCAUUACUUCGUCGCUGCUACCGUAUCCGUCUCCAAACUACUCAAGCUUCGACAGGCGCUCAAUGCUUCGGCGGAUGGCAAGUACAAGCUCUCAGUAAACGAUUUCCUCGUUAAAGCUUGUGGUGUUGCCUGCAAGAAGGUCCCAGCAGUUAACUCUAGCUGGAGAGAUGGUUUCAUCCGUCAAUUCAACAACGUUGAUAUUUCAGUCGCUGUCGCCACACCUGCCGGACUCAUGACCCCUAUCGUCAAAUCCGUGGAAGGCCUCGGCCUCCAAUCCAUCUCCGCACAAGUCAAGGACCUCGGAAAGCGCGCCCGUGACGGCAAGCUCAAGCCAGAGGAAUACCAAGGCGGAACCUUCACCAUCAGCAACAUGGGCAUGAACCCCGCCAUCGACCGAUUCACAGCAGUUAUCAACCCACCACAAGCCGGUAUCCUCGCCGUGGGCACGACCAAGAAGGUCGCCAUCCCAGUUGAGACAGAGGAGGGCACGGAGCUAGAGUGGGAUGAUCAAAUAGUAGUUACAGCCAGCUUUGAUCAUAAGGUUGUUGAUGGCGCUGUCGGUGGAGAGUGGAUUCGCGAGUUCAAGCAGGUAUUAGAGAACCCGCUUGAGUUGUUACUGUGA